AUGUCUGAUGAUACAAGCGAUAUUACUGAUGCUACUUAUGUGAAGAAUUUCACUCAAGCUCUUCAAUACGAGUACGCAUCCAAAGGCCUGACUAUUCAGCAUCUGGCACCGAUGUUUGUAGCAACCAAAAUGAAUCAUUUUAGUGACAGAAUACACAAAAAGAGCUUAUUUGUACCUGAUGCCGAGAGUUAUGCCAAAUAUGCCGUUUCCACACUUGGAGUUCUGGAUGAUUCUAGCGGUUAUUGGACCCAUGGAAUACAAACUUUCUUCACAAAGUUACCUCCAGAAUGGAUCAGAAUGUACAUCGGGGGAUAUUUGAAUCAACUUUUUAGAGAAGACUAUUUAAGGAAUUUGAAAAGUUGAUAUAAAUCUUAUAAUAAUUUUCUUUUUUCAGU